AUGUGGUUCCUGGACAAGUUAAAGGCCAUGAUGAUUCUUUUGGGCAUAUGGCAUAGAGAGAAUUUUGGGUCUAUGGACAUGAGGAUUAAAACGUUUGAGGAGGAGAUCAAGAAAGUAGACGAUAUGGUCAGUAAUGGAGUGUAUGAUGGAACCUUGGAAGCAAGAAGGAAGGCACUGGUCAGCUCUUGUAAGAAGUGGUAUAUCAGGAAGGAGGUACAUUGGAAGCAGAUGUCAAGAUCCAGGCAUGCAAAGGAGAUGGACAAAAAUACUCGGUACUUUCAUAAUUUAGCCUCAGCUCGAAGGAGGAACAACCGGAUUGAUGCUUUAAUGAUUCAUGGAAGAGUAGUGAGGAAUCAAGCCAAGAUUAAGGUGGCUAUAAGAGAUUUCUAUAAGGACUUGUACCAACAAGAGGUGUCACCUAACUUAGGCUUUCGGGAUGGGUUAGUAAUGCAAAUAGAUGUGGAAGAGGCAACAGAACUGGAGUUGAUGCCAUCUGUUGAAGAGAUAAAGAAGGCAGUAUGGGAUUGCGAGUAA